AUGGACGUCGACGACGAUCUUGAAUUGCAAGAUGAGGGGACAAAUGCCGAGGAGAUGGACUCUGAUCUCGACUCUGCGAUUGAGGAUAUGGAGCCGCCCGCGCAGCCCGAUCUUCUUUCAAUAACGUCAGAUAUUUUCGAGUAUCAGUUUGAAAACGGCAGAUCGUACCAUUCGAUGAGCGAAGGCAAAUAUGCGUAUCCGAAUGACAAUCGAGUAGAUCUUCAACAUCAUCUGUGGUUGAUCACACUCGAUGGAGAAUUAGCGACAAGCCCUGGGAGAGAGACGGCAAGGCGAGUUCUGGAUCUGGGAACCGGAACUGGAAUCUGGGCGAUUGACUUUGCCGAUGCAUAUCCCGGCUCUGAGGUUAUCGGUGUGGACUUGAGCGCCAUUCAACCUGAUCUGGUUCCCGCCAACUGCAGUUUUGAGAUAGAUGAUCUCGAGCUCGACUGGCCUUGGGAGCAACCCUUUGACUACAUCUUUAAUCGGUCCUGUGCAGGCAGUUGGUCAGAUUUUCGAUCUAUGAUUCAAAGAGCAUACGAUCAUCUGGAGUCCGGUGGCUACUUCGAGGUUCAAGACCUCGAGCUUCCAUCUUACUGUGACGACGGUUCCGUGCCACCGGACGCCGCUCUCUACCGCUGGCAACACGCGCUUGUGGAUGCCUCAAACGAGGUGGGUCGGCCUAUCAACUACGCUGUAGACUGUCUUGACGAUCUUCACAACGUUGGCUUCAUCGAGAUACACCACCAGAUCUACAAAUGGCCUUUCAACAACUGGCCCGAUGACCCAAAACUCAAAGAAGCCGGUCGAUGGAACUGCGCGAAUCUCGAUAUGGGCCUCGAGGCGUUCUCAUUGGGCCUCUUGACCAGAGUAAAGGGCUGGACGCGAGAUGCCGUUGAGGAGUUGUGUGCAGAGGUCAAGAAGGAGGUGAAGGAUACGAGGCUGCAUGCCUACUGGAGACAGUGA